GGAACAUAUAAAAAGGGAGACAGCAGGAAAGGGAGCAAGUGGAGGGAAGACACGGAGAGAGGAGCUCAGGCACGCCGUGAUCAAGACCGCCAAACUCAGUCGGGAGGCUCCAGCUGUUUCCACCGCAUUUAAAACUCUCCCAAGUGGUUGUUUGAGCGGUUCUCUGUGGCUCCAGUCUGCUCAGCACACUGAGCACAUUUCAGAGCGAUGGCUGCCAUCUGGGAGCUUCGGUUCCCCCUCGUGAUCGUCUGCCUGGUUUCCAUCAGAGGUCUGUGUCCCCUGCCAGCAGCGACACAAGUCCCCGGGACCCGUCCCAGCAGGCCCGUCAAGCCCCGCGGCUUCCCGCUCGACGCCGCCACUCGUCCCCCGGACGCCUACUAUGACGACGAGACCGUCACCCCCAUCGUACCCAAGGCGGCGUCUCCAGAAGCGAGGACCGACCAGCACUGCGCCUUCAGUCCGUGCGCGGAGAAUCAGACGCCCUGCUCGGAGCUGGCCGCCUCCACCGGCUGCUUGUGUCCCGGCUUCACGUUGCACAACGCCGCCCCGCUCACGCCCGACCUCAGGUCGGUGCAGUGGAACGGGUCGGAGGUCGUCCUGCGGUGGUGCGCGCCGUAUUCCCACAUCUCCUCCUACGUGGCGACGGUGGGGGGACGGCAGAGGCGGACGUUCGAGGAGGGCCGGAGGAGCGGCUCGCUGGGCCGCGUCGACCACAUCUCGCAGGUGUGCCUGUUCGCCGUGAACGACGGCGGGGAGAGCGACGCCUCCUGCAAGAUGUUCUACCCCAGGGACCGCAGCCUGCCGCUGACGGCCGGCCUGGUCGGCGGGGCGCUGGGCCUCCUGCUGCUGGUGCUGCUGGCCGUCCUGCUGUGGAGGCACAGGAAGCAGAGGAAACAGGAGGCCAGCAUCUCCGCGCACAACGCAGCCGAGUCUCUGUGAAC